AUGUCCCCAGAGCGGCUGGAGGGGACACGGGUGGCCUUCAUCUCCCCCACCCCCCUUCCUAACCUCCCCCACGUCCUUGUCCCCUCAGGCUCGUCACCGGUGGCCUGCCACCCCCUCCAGCUGGGGGGGGCGUUGGUGGUGGUGGUGGCCCAACUGGGUGGGGGCUCGGCCGUCUGGCGCCGGGCUGGUGGCCCCGGUAGCCGCUUCGUCCGGUUGCAGGCGUUGGGGAGCGGCCGGCUGCGACGUCCCCACGCGGUGGCCAGCGCCCGUCUCGGGGGUCACUGGUACCUUGGGGUGGCCGAUAGCUCCAAGGGGGGGACCAGCACCCUCUUCGUUGGGGGGGGACGGGGCUUCUACCCCCACCAAGCCCUCCGGCCGUGGCACCGUGACACCCACCUGGAGUUCCUGGAGCUGGGGGGGCGGCCGGCCUUGGUGGUCUGCAGUGGCACGCGGAGACCCCUGGUCUACCGGUGGAGCGGGGCGGCCUUCGCCCCCCACACCGACAUCCCCCACGUGCCCGACGUCUACGCCGCGAAGCACUUCCGGCUGCGGGGUCACGUCUUCCUCUGCUUGACCCGCUUCCUGGGGGAUGCCAAGGUGAUGCGUUGGGAAGGCUCCAUGUUCCGGGAGGUGCAGCAGGUACCAGCGCGGGGCUCGUUGGUCUUCCAACCGUUGGCGUUGGCCGGACAACGCUACGUGAUCUUGGGCAACGACUACGCCCCCAGCCGCGUCUACCGCCUCGGGCCCGGUGGCCACCUGGAGGCCACCCAGGAGUUGGUGGCCCCCACGCCGCGUGCCUUCGCCCCCCUCUCCUUGGGUCACCGUCACUUUUUGGUGGCCUCCAGCUUCAAAGGGGCCACCCAGAUCUACCGGCACGUCACCGUCGACUUGGGGUCUUGAGGGACGGCAAAUCUC